AUUGUUUUCACAGGGCCCAAGUACACUCUUUUCUUUAACUCAGAGAUAUAAAUAAGGUCGUAACCCGGUUGAGGACUCAGCCUUCUACUAACACACGAGCAGGCAGGAGCGGAUCCGCGCUCGGAUACGUAUAAAGACCAUCCAAGUGGAUUCAUCAAAACUUGCUUUUUUAUAACAAGUGCCCUAUUUAGCGGUCACACACCGAAGAGAUUCUGCAUUUCAAUUGUAGCCCGUGAGACAGAAGGUCGUCUUGUCUGAGAGAAUGGAAACAAACGACUCAACGCGUAUCCUGGUCAACGGAAACUCUACCAGUUCACACAUUAGCUCAAUGAGUCCAUUUCUAGUUCAUUUAUUCACGUUACUAUAUAUCUCAGCUAGCGUUAUUGGCUCGUUUGCAAAUAUUGGUAUCUUGUUGGCGUUUUUCACGAUGCGAAAGCUACGGACGAGAAUAAACUACUUCCUUGCAAGUCUAGCGGUUUCAGAUCUGGUCAUGCUGACAAUAUAUCUACCUUUUGAGAUCGAAUGGCAUGUUAGAACUUUUUUCAAGCACUCCGCUACAGUGUGUGACUUUGUUUAUACACUCUUUUUCAUCACGAUUUCAAGCUCGUGUCUGAAUCUGAUGGCCGUAAGUGGGUAUCGCUUUUUCACUAUCGCGUAUCCGUUUUGGUCAAAAAAGAUCACCAAGACCCAUGUGUUCUACUGCAUCGCGAUUAUCUGGUUUUAUUCCUGCAUGACAGCCUUGCUACCAGUGAUGGGAUGGAGAGAUCGCCCCUCUCAAGUCAUCAACAAAAUGUGCUGGUUUCAGUAUAAGCCCGAGUUUAUUGUUUUCCUCAUGGGGAUCAACUGGAUGCUUCCCGCAUUGGUGGUAUUUGUCUGCUACGCCAUGAUCUUAAGAAUCGCACGCAUACAGGCUCAGAAGAUCGCGAAAAGCCAAGUGCUAGGGGCUCUCUCGGACAGGGAACGAAAACGCAAUCGACACCAGCUCCGGGGCGCCAUCAGUUUGGCAAAGAUAGUCGCGGUAUAUCUCGUCUGUUGGCUUCCUUACAUAAUAAUAGGCUUUGUAGGGCAGCUUAAUCAAACAUUCAGUAUACCCAGAGAAGGCAACUAUCUCAUCAUAUUUUUGGUCUAUAGCAAUGCAACUAUAAAUCCAUUUUUAUAUGCAGGGCUUUGUGAGGACUUUAAGGAGGCCUUUAGAAAACAAGCUCGCAAUGCAGUCGCGUUUUUGGGUGAUAUACCUAGAAACACCCGAGUGUUUUUUCGGAAGGGAAUCUGCCGGUUUUGCCCCACUUUUGAGUUGCGAAGACGCGAUAGCAGUUGCAGGCGACAACGGAAUUGCACCGGGGGCUCAUCCUCAUCUAUUUAUCACCAAGCUGUUACCGUACUAAGCUCAGCGGCGUGAAGAAAACAACACACAAUUCCAGAAAUUAUUUCGUGAAAAUUUGACCUAUGUACAUCGAACACAUUCUUAAAUAUUUUGAAUUAUUCUCAUUUAGCAUUUUCCGCUAAAUAUGCGACUUAAUCUUUAAAAAAACCUCAAGACUCCGCCGGAAUCUAGAAAUUUUUGGAACCAAAGACAGUCGUCCUGUUGAAACUAUUAAAAAGAAGCUUGAAGUGCAAUAAAUACAAAGAUAUAGCCUGAUUUCUGUUGGAGAAUGACAAAAAACAAGCAAUCAACAAAUCUAUUGAUUUCAACUGCAUGAUUUUUAAUUUUAUUUUUUAACUUCUUUUUACACUAAAUUUAGCAAAGGGUAUCGAAUCAUCAUGCUACCUGCCAUCAUAUUUCCUAUUUCUAGCUACAAAGUUUAUCUUCUUGCAUGAAUAAGGCAAAAGGAACACAAUAUCGUCUUCAGGGGUCUAUGUUUUUAUGAAAAAACAAAACAAUUCGACCGCACGUUCAGUAAAAUCUGUUUAUAGUGUCA